GGACGGUGAUAUGAGUAAGUUGCAGCCACUGCUAUCGUCGAUUGGAUGGGCGUUGUUCCGUGACUGACUUAUUCCAGUGACGAAUGAACGACUGAGUACGAGCCCGUAACCGCUGGGCCAUCUACUCGUACUGGAUAACAAGCUGAUAAAGCAAUCCAUCUUAUUGCAGGGUCCAAGUGCGUGCCGUUCCAUACUUGUUCAUGCUCCAUACAGCAAGGGCACCCAGAUACAUGCCUGCACCAAUGCCAUUGCCCGCGUGUCCAUGUAUUGCUUAGGUAUUGCUUCGGUACCUACCUGCUUAUAGAGGGGCAACUUUAAGGAAGCUUAUGGUCAAACGUGGAACUGUCACUACAAUCAACGUCCAUUAUUCCCCAAAACACAACAACGCCCUUUCAUACUCUCGCACUCUUUCUCUCUUCUCUUUAUAAUUCGGUCAAUUCUUGAAAACUAAAUACGUAAUUUCAUUCAAGUCAACAUGGCAGAAUACAAGUUAUCUGCAUCUUUGGCUGGCCAUGAAGACGAUGUUCGCGCUGUAGCUUUCCCAUCUGCGAAAGCCGUAGUUUCAGCUUCGAGAGAUGGAACAGUACGACUAUGGAAACAACUCUCAGAUAACCCACCAAUAUUCGAUGCCACCAUUUCCUCCCAUGCAACAGCGUUCGUAAAUACAGUCACAUACCUACCCCCGAGCUCGCAAUUUCCAGACGGACUCGUCAUCUCAGGUGGAAAAGACACAGUUAUUGAAGUUCGACAACCUUCGAAAGGACCGGAAGAAAAUGCGGAAGCUCUACUUAUCGGACACAGUCACAACAUAUGUGCUUUGGAUGUCGAUCCGGCCGGACGAUUUAUAAUCAGUGGAAGUUGGGAUGCGGAAGCAAGAAUAUGGCCAUUAGGAAAAUGGGAAUGUGAAUCGGUUCUCAGAGGACACGAGGGAAGCGUUUGGGCAGUUCUUGCCAUAGAUUCGGAAACUGUCGUCACUGCUUGUGCGGAUAAACUCAUUAGAGUAUUUAAUACCGGUGGCAAAUUACUGCGGACCAUUCGAGGAAGUGCAGAUGUUGUUCGAGCUCUUUGCAGGUUACCCAAAGGCCAUUCAUCCGGGGCAGAUUUCGCAUCGGCAGGUAAUGAUGGCGUAAUCAGACUGUGGACUCUCUCUGGCAAACAGGUGGCAGAAUUACAUGGACACGAAAACUUCAUUUAUUCUAUUGCCUCUACACCUUCCGGAGAAAUUAUCAGUUCCGGUGAAGAUCGAACCUUGAGAAUAUGGAAGGACAGUCAAUGUAUUCAAACAAUUACACAUCCCGCGAUUUCGGUCUGGGGUGUAGCUGUUUGUGAAGAGAAUGGGGAUAUUGUUUCGGGCGCAAGUGAUAGAGUGGUGCGAGUCUUCACGAGAAAUUCGGAACGUUUCGCAGAUGCAGAGACAACAACACUAUUUGAAGACUCGGUCAAGGAAUCAUCUAUACCUCAGCAAUCGUUACCUGAAGUCAAUAAGGAGAAGCUUCCUGGACCAGAAUUUCUUGCACAAAAGAGUGGCACCAAGGAGGGACAAGUUCAAAUGAUUCGUGAAUUGAAUGGAGCUGUUACUGCACAUACGUGGUCUAGUGCUCAGGGUCAGUGGAUAAAUGUAGGCACUGUCGUUGAUGCUGUUGGAAGUAGCGGAAAGAAAGUCGAGUAUCUCGGAAAGGAGUAUGAUUAUGUCUUUGAUGUUGACAUUGAAGAUGGCAAACCUCCCCUCAAACUCCCUUACAACUUAUCUCAGAACCCAUAUGAAGCUGCUACAAAAUUCAUCGCGAAUAAUGAACUUCCAGUAACCUACUUGGAACAAGUAGCCAAUUUCAUCACAACCAAUACUCAAGGAGCUACGAUUGGCCAAACUCAAGAAAGUUCUGGACCAGAUGCAUGGGGUAGCGAUCAAAGAUACCGACCAGGCGAGGGAGAAUCCUCGGCCCCUGCAAAUAUUCCACCACCACCUAAGGUUCUCCCACAAAAAGAGUAUCUCUCGAUCAUUGUGGCUUCAGUACCAAAGAUGCAAAAGAAGAUUGAAGAAGUCAACAAAGCAUUAAUUAAUGAUGGUCAAAAGGGUGUAUCUUUGAAUCCUGAAGAGCUUGAAGUUCUUCAAAACCUCCGAAAACAUCUCGAAUCUACCGGCGCCACAAAGACUUCUCAAUCUGUUAGUGGAGGCCUUGACUUAGCUAUCAAACUCUCAACUCAUUGGCCCUACAAAGAUCGACUCGCUGGACUCGAUCUUCUUCGUCUCCUAGCCAUUGCGCCCGAAACUGCAACUUUCCGUAGCAACGGUGGCGAGUCCAUUAUCGAUGUUUUCUCACAAGCUGCUUUGGAAUCUUCACCUCCUUCCGAAAAUCACGUCAUGAUGGCCGUUCGUGGUUUUGCUAAUCUUUUCGAUUCUACUGAAGGUCGUCAAUUAGCCACUGACAAUUUCGAAAAAGUCCAUGGCUUGAUUAAGGCAGCUAUCCAAUCCUCUACCAAUAGAAAUUUAUUGGUAGCUGCUACAACUGUUUAUAUCAACUACGCUGUUCUAUUCACAGAAACAGACCCAGAUUUCGAACAGGUUCUUGCGGUGUUAGACACAGUUACGAGUAUCUUGAAGACACAAGUGGAUAGUGAGGUUAUAUAUAGAGGAUUGGUUGCCCUAGGUACGCUAUUGACUGUGGGAGAUGAGAUUAGAGAGGCUGGUAAAGAUGUUUAUGGCGUUUUGACCGCGGUGGAUGGCUGUGUCAAGAAGGCUACCGAUCCUCGCGUGAAGAAUGUUGGGAAGGAGAUUAGAGAGUUACUUGCGUAGUGGAUAGAUGGGGAUACGUUGAAUGGGGGAGGGGAAGAAUCGUGCAGGAACGAAAAAUAAUGAAUACAUGAACGAAAUGAAAUUAAGAAUUUUAAAGCAUAGCUGCGGGAUGAUUUGUUUUCUUCUUUUCAAGCCUUUUGAGCUUUUAGUCUGUCGAUACAGCGCAUGUAUUAGAUAAUAUAUUAUGAAUGCAUAUUUUUUUA